AGUGCCUCAUUCAACCUUUGCACAACAUUUCUCCAUUUUACACACAAACCAAAACAAACAAAAGUUGGACUGUGAAAUGUCAGUUGUGACAGACGGCAGGUGAACGCACAGAAGCAGAGGGACAAACACAGACCAGUGAUCAGCAAGAAGACUGACUGAUGUAUCUCAUGGCAGGAAGAGGCGCCCCUGUCACUAAACCUUGCCAUCUAGUGGAGAUUUGAAGGUUUCGCAUCCUCCAGGUCAAGAAAGCUCUUCAGGAUGACAACCUCCCUCAUGUGGGGAGAUGUCUGCUCUACGACGUCUCCCUCAGAUCCCUUUUAAUGUUGCCUGGUGGAACAAAUAUCACAUUUACAGGCUUUCAACAAUCCUAACCUUUGGUUCAAGGUGAAGUAAAGCUUCCGUAUUAGCUUCAGCUAGCAAUUUAAGAACUUUGUUCCAAGAGUUAAUGGUUUCCCGAAACAAGAUACGCAGAAGCCACUUGAGACAAACAGGAGCUUAACCAGAUGGAGUUCUCAACAACGAACACGUUUCCUACAGCAACACAAACAACGGCACAAAACGACACCGUGUCAGUCCCAACAGGCAAACCCAGCUCUCAGAAAUGGGAGUUCCUGGUGAGCAUUGUGGCAGCAGCCAUCCUUCUUUCCCUUCUGAUUGCUCUCCUUGCUAAAUGCCACGUGGUUCGCCGCUACCUGGCCAGCUACAGGCACACACGGCUGAGGGAGACAGACAGUGUUAGGUGCUGUGAAUCACCAGGCAUGGGUUUGGUAUCCACCAUUGAUCAUGAGUGGGCAGUGGAUGCUCAUCGUGUGCCUCCCGCAUGCGACGAUGAUGAUGAUGAUGAUGAUGAAGAUGAUGAUGGCUUCAUUGAGGAUAACUACAUCCAACCCAGUGAGAGAGCGAGGGCCGAGAAAGCAGCGGAGAGUUUGGGGGACACAGAAGAAGAGAUGGAUGAGAUUGAAUUUACCAUAACCUAGAAGCAUGAAGAUGGAACUACACCUCCUCAGCUCCAUUUUUUUUUUUGAUAACUGAGACACCAUUUCCACUCCCACUUUGUUCAUUUUAUUGUCAGAAUAGCUGUUUCAAAAUGAUGAACAGAACACUUGAUGAACACUGAUUUAU